AUCUCAACGAGCACUGAUUCCAGAGAGACAAAUACAGCUGAUCAGCAACACCUGUGACACCUGCAGGAUGGGUAUAUGUAACCUGCCACGUGGCUCAGAUUGCAUUUCCUGUUGGUGGCUGCAGUAAUGGGAGCAUUUUGGGCCUUGAUUGUUGCUGUGCUGGCUCUCUGGUUUACCACAGGCUCUGGUUUGCCGGUUGGUGACACAAAUGAAAUGCGUAGCAAUGGACCGCAGAGGACAAUGAGAGAUGUGUCUCCUAAUGACCCCUCCAUAAAGAAGGUCCUUACGCUUCAACAGUCCCAUCAGUCUGUGUUCCUGAAGAAGUCAAAAGAAGUUCAACUGGAAACCAACAAAGUGGCAGUUAAGCUAUCUGCCGUCUACCUGGAAGUUGUUGAACAUGCGCAGAACAGAGGCCGCAAGGACAGCAGCAACGUGGGCCACAACGGCACAUUAGGGGACGACGGCGGGAACGCGGGCAACAGCACUGUGGGCGACGACGGCAACGCAGGCAGCAGCAACGGCACCCUAGGGGACGACGGAAACAGCACUGUGGGUGACGACGGCAACGCAGGCAACGGCACCCUAGGGGACAACGCCAACGCAGGCAACGGCACCCUAGGGGACGACGGCAAUAGCACUGUGGACGACGGCAACGCAUGUCUGGACACACUAUAA